AUGUCGUCUGGCGGAUAUUUCUGCGGUAGUGCUGGUUUUUUUUUUCAUUUUUUCAACAUAAGUAUGUUUUUUUACAACUCCAGCUCUCUUCUUCGGCUAUCCCCAACUCAGGUGCGUUCCUUCGAGAACAACUUGGGUCACAAUGCUAGCUUUCACAGUGGCACCCCCAUGAUCAGUUAUGCUUACCUUUUAUUUCGUGCUGCUCAAUGGCAGCUGUUCUUGCUUUCUCCGCAUAAGUCUUUCGUGGAGCAAGUAGUAAUAUCCUUUUUACUUCGAAGCACAGACCUCCUUUAUGUUGUCUACAGAUCGUUGCAUUGUGGUCCGAUUUUUUUUUCGAAAUAGUCUAGCGACUUCUUUUAUGAAAAUUUCGGAAACAAUGCUGUGAUCUGGCGAUUAGACGGCGACCUCGAGUAUUGAGACGAGCUGCACGCGUCCUAGUCGAAAAGGUGACGGAGCAAAAAUAUCUAAAACUCUACGUACAACUACAAUCCACGUAAAGUUUGCUAUUGCAAACAUGCGCGAGAUGAACGAUUCGGCAAAGAAUGUGAGGACGAGAAUUGUUGUAACGAUAAGUAACGCAAAACGCAAUUUCCAUACGCUUACGCGCUAGACCUAGAGCUGUAGUCAAGAGGGAUUUGCAAUGGCCCUCGCACGCGAGACGCCGAGAAUAGAGUUAAGAUAUCGGGCGAAACAUUUUAUCACCGCACUUUCUCAGAAUGUAGUCGUUCAUUCAAAAC